UUUUAAUCUUGUAGUGUAGGUUGCCCGAGGAGGUGAUCCAUCAUCGACUCUCCAGAUUUCCGGGUUUUGGUUUUGAGGGUAUCGAUCCACUUGUAAACCCUUAAAUUUCCAUAGACUCUGCUUCGAUGGCAUCUGAGAAUCUUACUGACAAGAAUGUUGUUUUCAGAAAACUGAAAGCAAAAUCUGAGAACAAGACGUGCUUCGACUGUAAUGCGAAGAAUCCGACAUGGGCAUCGGUUCCUUACGGUGUGUUUCUCUGCAUCGAUUGCUCAGCUGUUCAUCGGAGUCUCGGUGUUCAUAUCAGCUUCGUGAGGUCUACGAACUUAGACUCAUGGAGUCCUGAACAGCUCAGAACGAUGAUGUUUGGUGGCAACAACCGUGCUCAAGUGUUCUUUAAGCAACAUGGAUGGACUGAUGGUGGCAAAAUCGAGGGCAAGUACACUUCGAGAGCAGCCGAAUUAUACAAACAGAUUCUCGCCAAGGAAGUGGCUAAAGCCAUGGCGGAAGAGCCUGGUCUGCCAUCAUCACCUGUCGCAGCCUCUCAGCCAGUGGAAGGAUCUAACGGGUUUUCUUCUGCUGUCAAGGAAGAUGAACCUUCUAAAGAAAGUUCUUCUGCUAAACAAGAAUCAUCCAAUGUUCCAUGUUCGCCAAAAGUUUCUCGUACAGUUGUGUCUAGUAUAGUUAAGAAACCGCUUGUUGCAAAAAAGACGGGGAGGACUGGGGGUCUCGGUGCUCGCAAGCUUACUACCAAGCGGAAUGAAAAUCUCUAUGAGCAGAAGCCGGAAGAACCUGCACCAGUUGUUCCUGCGGCAUCCUCAGCUAACACCAGCAGCUCUUCAUUAGCGGGUUCAUCAUUUGCCCCUCGGUUUGAGUAUGUUGAAGACAACAUGCAGUCUGGAGGGCAGAGUGGUCCGCAAGUGCUUAGCCAUGUCGCUCCGCCAAAGUCAUCAAACUUCUUUGCGGAAUUUGGAAUGGAUAGCGGUUUCCAAAAGAAAUCGAGUUCGAGCUCCUCUAAAGUUCAAGUCGAAGAGAGUGAUGAAGCGAGAAAGAAAUUCUCGAACGCAAAGUCCAUUUCUUCCGCCCAAUAUUUCGGGGAUGAGAGCAGAGCUGGUGAUCUCGACACAAAAGCUACCCUUCAGAAGUUCUCGGGCUCAGCAGCUAUUUCCAGUGCUGAUCUUUUUGGCCAUGGGAGAGAUGAUUCAUCCACUGAUAUUACCGCCAGUGAUCUCAUCAACCGGCUUUCUUUCCAGGCGCAGCAAGAUAUAUCGUCACUGGUGAACAUUGCGGGUGAAACCAAGAAGAAGAUCGGCUCUUUGGCUUCCGGCAUUUUCAACGAUCUUCAGGACAGAAUCCUUUAAUGUACGAAUCGAUAUUCUGUUUUUUUUUCUUUUCAUUUUUCUGUUUUUGGUUCAUUGUUUAGCUUUAAAAGCCCAAAAUCAGUGUUUAUUUGGUUUUGUUUUGUAGUUAAGAGAGAGAUUUGGGAGUUGGGACAUCAUAUAAUAUAUCAAACAUAUAAUUUUCCCAUAUUGUUUUUAUUUUUGGUUAUUUUUCUCAUUGAAUUGUAAUAUGAAAUUAUUAGAAGAAAGUAAGCACUUGAUUAAGAUAAUAAGUUGUUUUUUAAUAACUAGGAAGCACAUCAUCAAAGUUCAAAUGGAUACAAAAUGUUACAAUACCUUAAUAAAAACGCAUUUUAAUUUUAUGUAUACCGCCACCCCCUCCAUCUUAUUUUAGUCCCCUCGGGUGAUAGAUAAUACACAAAUGGGA